AUGAAAUUAUCCUUGUUCCUGGUCGUGGCUUUAAGUACCACCUUAUUGUUGGCUCUCUUUACUCGAGACUCUCUCCAACAACAAUACCAAAUGCGUUCACUCUAUCAAGGCACUACCUGUUCGGGAGCUCCAUUCCGUGUUGUUACUCAAAAGAUCACCUCUCAAUGUAAUGCCACUGAUUCUUGCACCAAAUACACUGCUGAACCAAGUGUUUUGUCAUAUACUCAAUCCUGUCCUACUGCUUUCCCAAAUCAAGCCAAUGUCAAGGGUGAAAUUUAUAUCAAUACUUAUUCAGAUGCUUCUUGCAGUGCUGCAUCGUUGAGUUCCUAUGAGGUUUAUCUCAUCAACACUUGUAUGACUUCGAAUGUGAUUUUUGGACCAAAUGCCAAGAGUGCCAAGUAUGUGAAUUGUGAGAAGUUGGUCUUGUAUGAGGACGACCAAUGCCAAACUGUUUCAGCUGAAGAUCCAGUCGUGUUGAAUACUUGCAAUACCCAAAAGAAGACUUAUCGAUGUGGAGCAGCAGCCGAUAAGAUUUCAAGCUCUUUGGUUGUGUUGGUCGUUUUGAUGAUUUUGGGAUUGUUCAUGAUGUAA